AUGUUUCCAUAUAAAAAAGCAUCUCAGAAAGCUGGAUCCACCUCCAAAACACCCUUCUCCAACUUGCAAGACGUGGAAUUCACCAACUUCAAGGCAAAUCCUAGUAGUAACAAUGUUACCCCUCUACCAGAGGAACUGCUCCAACAACAAUACAGAGAUGGCAAGACCCAACAAGAAGGGAAGCAUUGGGAAAGAGCAGCAUUACCUCAAAAGAAAAAGCCUUUCAUGGAGAAUGUAAGACUGGAGACCAUCAAUCACUUGGCACCUUAUCGACUUGAAAGGGAAGGAAAAACCUUUUCCUUGUACAAUAUGUAUAAGUGUAAAUGUCAUUACUGUCAGCUACAAAAGGAACAAAGGGAAAAUGUUUCUGGGAACUCAAAAGAGAAGGAUUCAUCCUCUUGGAAUGUUCUGGUACAGGGUCUGAACCAACUGAACCUCAACUCUGAUACCGCACAAGCAUGCUGUGUUCCAAAAGAUCAGCCACAGAAGUAG